AUAUGCCGACACUACAAGAUUUUAUCACUGCCAACGUGAUAUCAAUAGCUACAAUCCCUCGUUCUAUUAGGUCAUAGGAAUAUCGAGCGCUCCCAUCUCCUCAUCUGUACUGUUUUUGAUACAUACAUACAUACAUAUAAGAGAGAGAGAGAGAGAGAGAGAGAGAGAGAGAGAGAGAGAGAGAGAGGAAAUGGCAGCCAUCAUUUGUCUUGGGAGAGCUUUGUCGAAAACGAAGCCUUGGGAUCGAAGGCAGCAAGCAGCUGGGGGGGAUCUUAAUCAUGGUGUAGAUGAAAUAUAAUCAUCUCCCUGUUAUUGCACAGAUUGCCAAAAGCCGCAGCUCAGAUAGCUAGCUAGCUACAUAUGUGAGGAGGGGCUGCGUUUGCUUCUGGAAAAUCAUUUUGGAAAAAAAAAAAUACUGAAAAAGGAAGAACAGAUGAGAGAGAAAGUAGAUGAUGAAUUAUAAUCUUACAUUGAGAAGCUGCAAAAAGCUUAGCUAAAGAAAAAGCUAAUCAGAGAGAGAGAGGCGAGGUGUGGAGUACUCUGGAGAUGGAUUAAUCAUCAUCAUCUGCCCUUUUCUUUCUUUUUAAGAUUUACUUUAAGACGGAAGAGUAAAGAGGAAACUCAGGAAAGUGAGGAGUAGUACUGCUGGGAGUAGCAGGCGAAAAGCAAUUAAGAAGGUAUGUGGGUGUCACCUGAACAACUGCUUUUCUUUGAAUAUAGUACCACUAUACCACUCUGAGAUUCUUGUUCAAUUCCUGGAGCUCCCCACCCAGAAUAUUAAAGCUAUGCUAAGCUUUAAUAAAUUACUAGUUAAUAUUCUUAAGCUAUAGCUUUUGUUAUCUUGGGAUUUUCAAGGCUAUCUGUAAAAUAUAUAUACGCACCAUCAUCAUACACAUGGAAUCUGCAAAUCUCCAUCACCAACAUCAUCAGCUCCAAGACCAGCUUGUUGGGUCUUCUGCUUUUUCUGCGCCUUCUCCUUCCUAUGGAUCCGUUGCCUCCACCCACCAUGCUUGGUCUCCCAAUUUCAUUUUGAACACUGGAAACUACAUCAACCCAAAUUGCAACGGAGUCCUCCUCAACUCCAGCAGGGAGAUUUCAAGGCAGAAAAAUGAAAACCUGAUUAGCCCACCUCACCAUCUCAUGAGUUCCAUGACCCAAGACUUAGGGUUUCAUCAAUGGGUUUCAUCUCAUGACCACGACCACCUGGUACACUUCCCAAAAAUUAAGGAAGAGCUCUCGGAUUCUUCAUCGUCUGUCGUCCCCAAAUUCACCCCAAACACUACUGCAGAUGAAGAUUUCCAUUUAACAGCCGCCAACUACGUGAAGGAUGAGCAAGAAGAUCCGUACACUACUGCUCCAAACUGUUCUAGUACUUUUGAGAGCAUAGAUCAUAGUGGACCUAAUAACUACAGAAGGAGCUUCAGCCAGAUCUUUCCAAGCAUACAUGUUUCGGGUUCGAUAAACCGGCAGGCAUCUUCGUCCACAACUUCGAGCUCCAUGGAUGUGAUGAAUCUGCAGGUUUUGGAUCUCCUAACCUCAGGUAGAUUCAGUGGUGGGAGUUUUGGCCAGCAGGCUGCACAGGAUGACAUUUCUUUUGGUCUGGAUAAUCAUGCUAUUCAGCAAACUACAAUUCAUGGACCGCUAAGUAACACUAUUAAAAUGUCGGCGGCGUUUGGGAGCAGUGGGGUUACAGAAGCAAAGAGACCCAUCAGCAGUUUGAUUGCGGAACCAAAGGCAUCAUCCCAGGCAGCCACCGCCGGCGCCGGCAAGAAGCCACGAUCGGACUCCCGCCCCUGCUGCCCUCCCUUUAAGGUUAGGAAAGAAAAAUUAGGAGAUAGAAUUGCAGCUCUCCAGCAAUUGGUCGCUCCCUUUGGCAAGACAGACACAGCAUCGGUACUAAUGGAAGCAAUUGGAUACAUUAAAUUCCUUCAAAACCAGGUCGAGACGCUGAGCGUCCCAUACAUGAAGUCAGCUCGCAGAAGGCCCUCCUAUAGACCAAUUCAAGGGGGUUCAAGUAAUGGAGAGGAAGGAGGGAAGGAGACAGAGGGAAGAAGAGACCUGAGAAGCCGAGGGCUGUGUCUGGUGCCAUUGUCCUGCAUGUCUUACGUUGCCAGUACUCACGACACCUGCAGCAGCCCCCAUGCUCUGUGGCCGCCGCCACCCCACGACUUCACCACCACCCCAGCUGGACCAGGAGGAGGACCGUUAACCUAGCUAGCUAGCUAGCCUACUGAUCGCUCAUGCACGCAUUAUCAUGCAUUGUAUUAUUAUUAAUCAUAGUUGAUUAAUUAGUUAGCUAGCUAGCAUGAGCCACAUACCUCGAACAAAUCAAAUUAAGAUUGAUCAUCGAUCAAACCCAGCUAGCUAGGGCAGCAAAUAUAUAUAUAUAUAUAAGCCACUGCGUGCAUGCAUGCAUGCUAUAUGCCUAAGUAAGUACUUAGUCAAUGGGGGGAGUAGCUAGCUACUAAGAUAGCUCAGUUGAGCCUCUUCACCCAUCUCUCACGAUGCUGGUACUAAUGGAGCAAAUUUGGUCAUCCUGCUAAAGUAGGAUUCCAGGAGGAUAGACCACGUUUGAUCCAUUAAUUAAUUAAUUAUUAUUUAAUUAUAAUAUUCAUGCAUGCAUAUAUGUGAUACUGUAUGAACUUAAUUAAUUUAUGCAGUGGCCAUCGCUUACGCGUUUACGUGAUGCAUAUCUAUAAA